AUGGGUAGCGACUUCCAGCUAUUCUCCCCCCUCCAGGGGUCGGGUAGGAGAAAGUCGCAAUCGGACACCGCAGGCUUUCCCCAAUCCACCGCCGACGACACCGUCCAAGAUUGGACUCAGUGGAUGAGAUGGGACGACCCAGGAACUCAGGAAGUCAAGGUCCCGCCCACCAAAUCGCCCCUAGACCUCCCCUUCACCCCGCAAAGUAACAACGACUGCCCCGCCCCCCCAAAUUUCGAUAUCUUUGCAUCCGCAGAGUUCUCUCCAGAUCUAUCGCUGGAUUUCACAAAUCCGCCGUUCGACGCCCUGCUGGGACGUGAUCAGGGGGCUGGUCCCCCAGAGACGACCCUCAAUGACGGAACCAGGAUCCCGUCCACGAUCGGUUCGCCCCUACUGUCAGAAGGUGCAACUCGUAAACGCAAGACCGGGAGCGACGAUGACGGAUCGACCGUGAGCGGCGUGCUACCGAAUGGCAAAAAGAUGCCAGCCAAAAAGCGAGCCCACAAUGUCAUCGAGAAGAGAUACCGCGCCAAUUUGAAUGACAAGAUUUCCGAGCUGAGAGACAGCGUCCCCAGUUUGCGGGCGUCGAAAGGUAGUGGAGCGUUGGUGGAUGACGACGACGGAGACGGAGUCACACCAGCAAACAAAUUAAAUAAGGCCUCGAUUCUGUCCAAAGCCACCGAGUACAUCCGACACCUGGAGAUUCGCAACAGGCGGUUGGAAGAGGAAAAUGUCGCCCUGAAAAAUCGACUCCGCCAGGUCGACAAGGCCAACGACCAGAGCAUGACGUCUGCGGCCUCUGUAUCAUCCCCGAGCAACUGUACGGUAUCGACCGAGUCGGGUGCCAGCUCGUCCCCAAGCGUUUUCUCCCACGCCGAAGACUCGCCCCGCGAGCAUUCUCCAAGUGCUUCUUCGCACCCGCCCGAAGGAAUGAUGAAAGUUCCCGACGCUUUCAAGCGAAUGCGUGCGGAGGCCCCUGCUGAUAAUGCAUUUUCUCAAUCAUACAUCCAAUACCCCAGCUCCAGGACCAAUAGCACACAGAGCGGUGGCGGUCGUCGACGGUCCCACUAUCCCAACAAGUACAUGCUUGGGGCGCUCGCUGGGCUGAUGGUCGUCGAGGGCAUGAGUUCCCAGAAAGAAACGGACUCGACGGCGAAGGGCCUGUUCGCCCUCCCUAUGAACUGGCUUUACAACAUGCAGCCACCCUCGCUGGCGUAUUGGGAAGCCGUGGUCCGAACGUCCUGGCAUUCGUGGCAUGUCCGAGCGAUCGCCCAUUUCCUCCUUCUCGCCGUGCUGGUCGUUGGGAGUGCGUUUGUCGUUUUUGUGUAUCUGUUCAACUCAGGCCCAGAUGCCUCGCCGUUGACGUCGUCCAAGCCAGAGACGACCCGGCUGUCUUCGACCAACUUCCGACGACAGGCGUGGCUGACGAGUAUCCAGCAAGUGGGGGUUCCUCGCCACCGCUUCUUCCACGAAUGGUAUGUCGUGACGUCGAGAUGUUUUGAAUACGUCCUCCGGUGCCUGAUGGGGUGGAAUCUCUACUCAUGGGCGACCGGGGUCACCGAGGAGGACGAGAGGGGCCGGGUCAAGACGUGGGACAUCGCCAUCGAUGCGCAGCUGGCCGGUGGUGAUGCCGAGGUCAGUAAGAGCCGAUUGGUUCUGACCAUCUUCGCCGCUGGAACCUUGCCCCGGAGUCCCAUGCGGAUGAUGCUGAAAGCGUUGCAUUGUCGAAUCUUGAUGUGGCGGGUCGGGGACCCAGGUUCCUGGACCUUCCACAUAUCCAAUGACGUGGCUCGCAGCCUCGCACGGUAUCAGUGGGACCUGGCCCGCCGGAUGAACGAUGUGCUUCCCGGUGACCACCCCGAUGCCCUGCCGGGUUAUCUAGCCGCCCUGUUGAAGAUAGACAGCGAGGAGGUCAUGACCGACAGCAUAAUCGAGCGGGCGGCCAACCUUACCUGGAACCGACCCACCCAGGAAGGAAUCGAUGACGACGAGGCGUUGUUGGACGUGGUGGAAGAAGACCCCGCUAUCCAGUCCUCUCUGGAUGCCCUGGCUGCCUGGUGGUCCAGUCAUCUGUUGCAGCGCGCUCUAUUGAACUACUUCGAGGCUAGCUCGGGUGGGCCUGAGGCCAAGGAAAGCCGCGAUCGGUUCAAGAACAAGAUCAAACUCGCCCUUGAGGUGGCACCGCAGCCGUCCGCCGCCCAUACGCGGGCUCUUGCCAUGAUGGCCGUGUUCUUCGAGCAGCAUCGCGUAGCCAACAUCGGCGCUGUCCUGGCAGCUUUGCCCAAGGACAACAGAAAAAACAUCCACAACACGUCAUCGAACUUCCUCGACUCGUCACUUCCCGUGUCUGUGCGGGAGGAGAUCUCCAUUGCCGUCCGCUGCGCGAUGAUCGCCGCCAUCUUCACCGCCCGAACCACUGGUGAUACCUCCCUGCCGUCCUCGUUUACCAUGCAAAGGGCGGUUUCUAGAUUCAACCGCCUGCCCCUGGAUCCCGUCGAGCUAACCUUGCUUGGAUUCGGUGCGGUCUACCACCUCCUCCACGUGCUCGGCUCCGACACGGAUUAUCUUUCCUCCUCCGAAUCGUCAGGGUCUACCACCUCGUCUAGGAUCUCCACCCCGUUGUCGUCCGAGGCUAGCUCUGGCGACGAAGCCGUGACCGGGGUGCUACCUCGUUCACACGAAUCUUGCCAAGCCAUCCCCCACCUCGGCCGCGUGGCAUCUGAACUUAUGUACUGGGCUCGUAACGCAUAUAACCCGGCCUUCUACGGGUUCACACCCAAGCUCGUGAAGAUCAUUGAGACCGAAUGCACGGAGCUGUGUGUCAGCGCGGGAGUUGACGUUGCUAGCUAUAUGUGUAUCCAAAACACGCGAACGAAGAGCAAGCGGAGCAGGGACAAGAAGAAAAGAAAGGCCACUCGACGCGCCAAAGGCCAUUCCCACCGUCGCUCCAGCUUAGGAUACUCCGCUAGCGAUGACACUGGCUAUGGGAGUCUCGGCACUGAAGACCCUACAAUAAGCCCGAAGGUGGUAGGUGGUAUCGCCUCAUAG